AUGGAAGAGAUACAAUCUCAAUCAGAUAAUUACAGAUCUUCUUCAUCUUCAGCGAGUAGUCCUGCAAGUAGGGUGCCAUCAAGUAACUUCUUCUAUUUGCGGAAGCCUGGUUCACUUAGACAACCUAUCUCGUUUGAGGAUUCACCAGAGUGGGAGGAUACGGAUAUUGAUGUUAGGGUGGAGGAAGGAGGUGACUCUAUCAAUGUUGCUACAACACCAGCAUCUCCAUCUUUGUCGAAGCUUAAUAGUGGGUCAUUGCCAUCCCCACCAUUACCAGAGGGUGCAGUUGUUGUAAGAAAAAUUGCAGGGGCUUCUGUUGUUUGGAAAGACUUGACUGUUACAAUCAAAGGGAAAAGGAAGUACUCAGACAAAGUUAUCAAGAGCUCUAGUGGUUAUGCAUUGCCUGGGACAAUGACAGUCAUCAUGGGUCCUGCAAAAUCAGGGAAAUCCACGUUGCUAAGGGCUAUUGCAGGGAGGUUGCAUCAUUCAGCCAGAAUGUAUGGUGAAGUUUUUGUGAAUGGUGCAAAAUCACGAAUGCAUUAUGGCUCAUAUGGUUUUGUUGAGAGGGAAACUACUCUGAUAGGGUCUCUCACCGUCCGAGAAUACUUAUACUACUCCGCACUGCUUCAACUUCCUGGCUUCUUCUGCCAGAAAAAGAGUGUGGUAGAGGAUGCCAUCCACGCCAUGUCUUUGAGUGAUUAUGCAAACAAACUUAUUGGAGGACAUUGUUAUUUUAAGGGCCUUCCAAGUGGCGAGAGAAGGCGGAUUAGCAUUGCUCGGGAGCUUCACUUCUCAAAUGCUGGAUUUCCUUGCCCAAUUAUGCAAAGUCCUUCCGAUCACUUCUUACGUGCAAUAAACACAGAUUUUGACAGGAUCAUUGCAAUGUGCAAAAAUUGGCAGGAUGACCAUGGAGAUUUUUCAUCAGUGAACAUGGACACUGCUGUUGCCAUACGUACCCUGGAAGCAACCUAUAAAUCAUCAGCUGAUGCUGCAGCAGUUGAAACCAUGAUAUUGAGACUCACUGAAAGGGAAGGUCCACUUCUUAAAAGCAAGGGAAAAGCUGGCAACGCUACAAGGAUUGCAGUUUUGACGUGGAGAUCUUUGCUAAUUAUGUCAAGGGAAUGGAAAUACUACUGGCUUCGUCUUAUUCUCUAUAUGCUUCUUACCCUCUGUAUUGGUACAGUUUUUUCAGGCUUGGGGCAUUCUUUGUCUUCAGUUGUGAUAUAUGCAUGUGAAGAACCAAAUAGGCAUUCAGGAGCACUUGUCUUAAUGAUGCUUUCUGCCGGGUAUUUUAGAAUUCGAAGUGCAUUGCCAGGACCAGUGUGGACAUAUCCAGGGCUUUUGGAGAACGAGUACCUGGGAACUUCGUAUGCUGUUGGGCAAGUAAGGACCAUUUCAGGAUUGCAGGCCCUCCAGAGUGCAUAUGAUAUCUCUCCUGACAGUAAUUCCAAAUGGGAGAAUUUGUUGGUUUUGUUUCUCAUGGCGACUGGGUAUCGCAUUCUAGUGUUUGUUGUACUGCAUUUUCGGGUAGGGAAAAAUGAAUCCAUGCUUAAGUUUUGCCGGUGUAAUCGGGAUACAGACAAUCCAAGAUGA